UCCGACGGCCGGGAUCGUCGCCGUGGGGCCGCAGCGACCGGUGACGAGCGGUCAAAGGCGGGCCGCCCCACCGGCUGCGGCCGGUCACCCUCGCCUCGGGCGCCGCGAAGCUAUUUAGCGCGGUGGCCGGAGCGCCGGCAACGGCUGCCACACCAACACACACAGACUGACAGGCGCAAGAAGAGGAGAGGAGAAGAACAGAGGGGAGUGGAAAUAAUCUAGCAGCGGAAGGGGAAGCAGCACGAAGGGAAGCGGCAGCGGAAGCGGGGUUCUGGCUAAAGUACGUUAAGGUCUUUUUUAUCAGCAAUUCCAGUAAUGUGCCUUGCCUCUUUUACGUGACUAUACAAGACAAUGAAUGGAACUCAUCCCUGGGCCUCCAUGUCCGGAGGUCCAUGUUCUAACCUUGGAUAUGCCAGGGACAUGAAUGUUACAGCCAAGUACUAGCAUGAAUGGUGAUUCAUUGAUGCGUGUUCCUGCGUCACCAAUAUCGUUUUCAUCCAAUAACAUCUCUGGCUCUUCAGUCAUUGACGGUUGCAUCAUGCAGCAAAGUCCACCCCAAGAGCAGGUGCAGAAACAGAGGUCUUCAAGUGUAACAUCACAACCUGUGAUUGAUGCUGGUGGUGCAUUGCAUGCUCAGAAGAAAUCAAGGAUUGAUGUUUGUCAGGGUGGUAUCACGGAACAACAGCUGAUUCAGCAACUGCUCCAUGGUCAGAAUUCUCUUCAUUACCAGGGGCAACAGAAUCCACAGCUUCAAGCUUUAAUGCAGCAUCAUAAACUGGCACAACUUCAGCAACGGCAGCAGCAGCAUCCAUUUUCUCAGAUGCAACAACCCCAAGUUGGUAUUCCUCGGCAGCCUCAACUUAGGCCACCACUGGCACAGACUGGAAUGCAGUUAGGUGGUCCUGUUAGGUCUCCUAUCGAGAGUGGGAUUUGUUCUCGCAGGAUACUGCAGUAUUUAUAUCACAAGCGUCAUCGCCCAGAGAAUAACCCUAUAACAUACUGGAGGAAGCUUGUUGAAGAGUACUUCGCACCUCGAGCAAGAGAAAGAUGGUGUGUCUCUUCUUAUGAAAACAGAGGGAAUUCUUCAGCUGCUGCUCCACAGAAAGCUUUGGAUACGUGGCGAUGUGGCAUUUGCAAUACACAUGGUGGGAAAGGAUAUGAAGUUACCUAUGAAGUACUUCCUAGGCUCUGCCAAAUUAGAUUUGACCAUGGUGUUAUUGAUGAAUACUUAUACUUUGACUCACCCAACGAAUUCCGGUUGCCUAAUGGACAAAUGGUGCUGGAGCAUGCAAAAGUAGUUCAAAAAAGUGUUUAUGAACAUCUGCAUGUUAUACACGAGGGACAUCUGAGAAUAAUUUUCACACCAGAACUGAAGAUAAUGUCUUGGGAGUUCUGUUCACGACGCCAUGAGGAGUACACCACUCGCAAGACUAUAGCACCACAGGUUAAUAAUCUUCUGCAAGUUGCCCAGAAAUUCCAAGCUGUUGUCAGUGAAAGUGGAUCAGCUGGGAUAUCAAAUAAUGAUGCACAAACCAUCUGCAACAUGUUUGUUAAUGCAUCACGGCAACUGGCAAAAAAUCUAGAGCAUCACACCUUAAAUGAACAUGGGCUUUCUAAAAGAUAUGUACGCUGCCUGCAGAUAUCGGAGGUGGUGAAUCACAUGAAGGACUUGAUCGAGUUCAGCCACAAGAGCAAGCUUGGUCCUAAAGAGAGCCUGAACAGUUAUUCUAAAACCACGGCAAAGUUUGAGAAUAUGCAUGAUUCGAGACAGGCCAUGGCUGCCGCUAACCUUGCCAACAACCAGAGCAACACCAAAUUGAUGGGGGUCAAACAAGAGACAAGCACUUCUGCGAACAACCAGACUCCUGGUGCCGGAGCCAUUGGCAACAACAAUCUACCGAUUGCCGCACCUCUAAACACCUACCAGAACAUGCUCAGAAGCUCAGGUGCCAGUACGAUUUCGCUGCAGCAGGAGGCGUCGAGUGUCUUCAAAGGUCCUACAGCAAUGCACAACGGCAUGCAGCUGGAAGCGGCCAGGUCCUUCCUGGGACCUAACCAAGUUCAAUUCCAGCACCACCCACCGUCGUCGUCGUUUCAGCAGCAGCAGCAAAACAGUUUCCAUGGCUUUGGUGUCAACCCGCAGUACCAGCAGCAUGUCCUCAACCAGCUUCUGCAGGAAGUUAAGAACAGUAACAACCGCUCGAAAGCGCAGCAACCGCCUCUGGAUGCACCACCGCCGAAUGCGAGCGGCGGGGGUCUCGCGCCAGGAGUUGCUACCCCCAACGUCAUUGCUGCUACUGGGGAGCAGGGGCAGCAUGUCAAUAACAGUAGCUCUAACCAUAACGGCACGGUAAAGGGUGCUGCUGGUACUGGCCCUAGCAAUGUCAUCAACAAUAGCACAGCCAGCAUGGCUUCGGCCAGAAACAGCAGCUUCAAGUCGGUGAGCAGCAGUCCAGCUGCUGCUGGCAAUGCCGUGAGCUCGAAGGUCGAUGACUCCUUCCAUCAACUGGAGGACCUCGACGACAUGAUCGCUAACGAACUGGUGGAGAGCGGGCUGUUCGGUGCAGGACACGGGUGGUAGUACGCUACUGUGGUAAAGCCAAGCAAUGAGAUAUAAGCCUAAGCCUGAUUGGUGCUGGCAAGUGCUUUUGCCGCCGCCACCCUUCUCUUUCUGUAGAGCUUUAUGUAUUGACAGUUUUCCGAUGAUGAUCAUAUCAUACACUGGCGUCGCUCCAGAUGUGUGUGAGUUGAGAUAGUGGGUUGGAUUGGAUUUGGCUGAUAGUUAGCGUGUGUAUGGCAUGUUGCUGAAUCAAAUGAUGUGAUCAUCGCAAGGUCACAAACAGCCUCUUUGUCAUGUACAUCGUUUUCCAUCAUGCUAUAGUGGGUGUCAGUUAUAAUCUCCUGUUA